GGCGCCUAAUGAGGACCCAAAGAAAUUACACAAUGGGUAUUUAUUGUUCCAGAGAUUAGAUUAGAAAAAGAGUUAAAAAAAAAUGGGGUCUUUUUAAUUCCAUUUAUUUGUUUAUUUAUGAACUGCCUUCCUUUUUUCCUACCCAUUCGUCCAUUCAUUCAUUCGAAAUCCCAAAUUUGUCAAGACAAUUUCCUCUUUUUCUUUUAUUUUGUUGUUUUUCUUGAUCUGUGCAAAUCUGUGAAUGUUUGGUAUGCCUUAAAGAUUUGUGCCUGUUUUGCCUGCCUGAGACUAUCUUUGCUUUGUUGGAGUCGUUUGUUGUUUUUUUCCCCUUUUUCUAAGGAGAGAGAAUGGCAAACCUCUCUCCUUAGGAUUAUUUUGCUUUGAGCUUUUUCUGGGCUAUGAUGAUUCUGCCAUAAUUGGGGAUUGAUUCAUUGGGUAGGGUUUUUUUUGUUUGAAAAGUUUCAAAUAAAACAAAAGAGAGAGAAAUGGGUUGCUUUUAUUGUAUAAGAUUAAGAACUUCUUGUAAAGAUGUUAAGGAUUAUGGUGAAGGUAUGGUUCGUCAAUCCGCCAACUCUUCAGCGAAUGUGAAGGUCAAGGCUCACGACGAUGAUGAUAACGAUGCUGUUGGGAAGAAAAAAGCUGCUUUGAGAGGCAAAAAUGGAGAGACCAAUGGCCAUAAGGACAACGUGGCCCGUAGUUUCACGUUCAAGGAGCUCGCAAGUGCAACACAAAAUUUUAGGGUCUCCAAUUUGCUCGGGGAAGGCGGGUUCGGGAGCGUGUACAAAGGACGCCUAGAUGGUGACAUGAUUGUUGCUGUCAAACAACUAAAUCUUGAUGGGUUGCAAGGGAACCAAGAAUUCAUCGUGGAGGUGCUGAUGUUGAGUUUACUUCACCACAAGAAUCUUGUGAAUUUGAUCGGGUACUGCACCGACGGUGAUCAAAGACUCUUGGUUUAUGAAUACAUGCCUAUGGGCAGCUUGGAAAAUCACCUCUUUGAUGUUGAGCCGGGGAAGGAGCCACUAAGCUGGCGUACAAGGCUAAAAAUUGCAGCGGGGGCAGCUCACGGGCUCGAGUACCUUCAUUGCAAAGCGAAUCCGCCGGUCAUAUACCGAGACUUGAAAUCCUCAAACAUAUUGCUGGACAAAGAUUUCAACCCAAAGUUAUCGGAUUUCGGGCUUGCGAAACUGGGACCCGUCGGCGACAACACUCACGUUUCGACACGCGUGAUGGGGACGUACGGGUACUGUGCGCCCGAGUACGCGAUGAGCGGCAAACUGACUCUCAAGUCCGACAUUUACAGCUUCGGCGUGGUUCUAUUGGAGUUGAUAACCGGACGUAAGGCUUAUGACAGCAGUAAGAAUCAUGGGGAGCAGCACUUGGUUCUUUGGUGUCGGCCGUUCCUAAGGGACCGGAGUAAGUUCGUGGAGAUGGUUGACCCGCUACUCGAAGGUCAAUACUCCGUCCGUUGUCUGCACCAUGCGGUUGCAAUCACCGCAAUGUGCCUUCAGGAACAGGCAAACUUCCGACCGCUCAUCAGCGACAUUGCAGUCGCACUAGAGUACCUUGUCUCUCAAGCAGAGAACUCGGACUCCCACAGGCCGGGCAGGCGGGGCAGGUCGGAUGACCCGCCCAAACCGAAUUCUGGCCUCGACCCGACAUUACGAGGCUCUGGCAACCUCUCUCUUCCAUCUUAAAAGAACCCUCGGGCCUCGGCAGUCCCCAUCAAUGCUCGCGCUCCUUCGCGGGUUCGUAGUGGAGAUCAGGUGUACAUAUGUAUGUACGGAGACUUGUGUGUGUGUGUGUGUGUUUUGUUUGCUUGUUUGUUUUAGUACGAGGUAAGAGGAAGAGAGACAUGUUUGGUAUGUUUGUUGUGUGUGAAGAGUUUUGUGUCAAUUAGAAGAGGAAAAAAAAGCAAAGAGAAAAGCUAACUUGUUUAUAGGCAUUGAGAGAGCAUUGUGGACAAAUUGACUCAUAUUCUCACAUAGUCCAAUUGUCUUUUUUUACUCAUCCCUUUGUCCUAAAUUAGUUGUAACAUUUUGUUUUCACGGG